GACUGCUUCCCGACGUAUUCUAUCUGUGCACAAUCAACAUGUACUUCGAGGAACUUGAUCAGUAUACAGUUAUAUUCCAGGCUGUCUUGGACGGGCUAUCGACCACCCAUUUUGCGGAACCUUUUUCCUCAUGUUCGAUUUUGCAAUUGGAUCUACGGACGAAGAUAUCGAUAAUAGCUUCUCUCGGCUGGUGAUGAAAUUUUCUCUUGCGCAGCGGAAAGGAUUUAUGAUGGCAUUCGAGCAAACGUUUCCUUUUAGCAAGAUUGAUCCCAGAUCUUUGCCAAAAGGUUGUUAUUAUCAUUGGCGUCAAUCCGUUCAGCAUCUCAUCACCAAUCAUGCAGUGGUGGCAGUGGAGAAAGUUACUGACUUCCAGGACUUGACGAACACAAUGUACGACGUUGACGGCGAGAGCGGUUUUCAAUUGGCUGUAAACCAGCUUCGCAAAGAGUUCCCGAAUGCAGAACGCUGGUUGGAUCGGUGGACGCAAGAUGGGGUGGCGGCAAUGAUUUUCAAGUCUAGACGUGGCGAAGCACAAAAAAAGACCACACCCGCUGAAGGGUAUACAAGUAUCGAUACACGUAUCAACGUAUUCACUGCACUACAGGAGUAACCAAGAUCUCAUGAGACAUGACGAUCCCGCGCUUGCCAAUGUUCCAUUUGGUAGAAAACUCAUGGGUUUUUGGUGUUGACUUUCGCCAGGUCCUUCCUGUAAUGCCAAAUGCGUCGCGCUCGCA